GAAACUUGGAAAGCCGUGGGAUGCUAUCAGAACGCAGGGCGAGCCUUGGCUGAUAUCUUAAGAGGUGUAAACGGCAAAGGCACGGUUUCUAAAAAAUUAAAUGUAUGCAGAAAAACGGCCGAUGCGAAAGGAAUCACUGUGUUCGGUCUGGACGAUAAGCAAUGUUGGACUGGCCAAAAUGCGGCAGACACUUUCAACAAGUACGGCAAUUCAGGGCAGUGUUAUACAAACAAAGGAGGAAAAAGUAUGGGCUACUUUGCAUCAGAAUCAAUGUCCGUUUACAAAAAGAACGACAAAGGUAAAUUUAAGUCAUCUAUAAAAUCCAAUUAUGUUUGUUCCUUACAAAAUACAAUGCUCUAAAUGAUAGCUCAGCUUUUUUAUCGUUUAUAGUCAAUAUUUGCCUAGUCCCUCUAAGGCGUUUUUCGAGGCCCUCUCGGUCAAUUCACUGCGCUCGGACCACGCGACGCGAAACGCAUUGGCCGCGCGAAAUAAUGGGGCCUAGGGACUAGGCAAAGUCUAUGUGACUUUAUCAAUUGCGACUUUUGCUGCCUUGCUGUUCUUCCUCAGGAGUUAAAGUCGAGUUGUAACCUACAGUGAGAGACAAUAAUGUACAGUAAACCGUCAUUUAGUUUACGAUAAAAAUCUUCUUUCAGUAUCAGGUCUAAAAUACUCAACCUAUGACAUCUACAUUCUGCUAUCAAACAUUAGAUCAAAUUCGUCUUUGCGCACUCAUUGACGGUUGAAAAGACUUUAAGAAGACACUUUUAAGAACACAAAGGUCACAGGACAUAAAGUGCAGGUCAAUGCUCUAUUGAUAUAUAACGGAGAUAAGCAGUUUCCCAUUAAGGUAAAAUUCUAUUUUGGAUUGUGAUUAGGACUAGAAGUACAACUUAAUUGUUGUUUGUUUACCCUAGUAUGGUGAUCUGUACACUAACUUGGCUCGUGACCUGUGACUUGUGACCUGGGUUUUGUUCCUGCCGCUGAUUUAAGGUUUCCGGGCGGGUAAAUUGACAACUUGAAAGUCUUUGUCCUUUCUUUCCAAGGUGCGUGGGAAAAGAUUGGCUGCUACAGCAAUAAAUCCCCAACAAAUGCAUUACCAGAUUCUUUUGGCGACAUUAAAAUCGGGUCCGAUCCAGACACGAGUUAUGACUUCUGCAAAGGGAAAGCUGAAUCCCUCGGCUACAAGAUAUUUGGAGUAGACGAUAAGAAUUGCUUGUAUGGAGACAACGCCGCGAUGAAUUACAACAAGUAUGGUACUUCCAAAUUGUGUGUUUUCAGCAAGGCUAAAACGGGCCAUGCCACGGGAAAAAGCAGUUAUGGGAAUAUGUUUGUCUAUAAGCAAGAGUAA